AAAUGAUGAAGCAAAGUGAUACUUUUAGCUCGAGGCUUUUUAGUUGACAACAUCAAACAAAUACAAAUGUAACUGUUAUGAAAAAAGAGAUGAUUAUAAUCACACCUAAAUUAACAUCAUUUUCAUGAUGAUGAUGAUGAUGAUUACUGAAUUAAAAUAGAUUGUGACAAUAAAAGAAAUCAUCGUAAUACAGUUUUCACCCUUUUCUCUGUGUUAACAAUCAAAGUUGAUUCAUUCGAUUCACAUCAACCUAACCUGACCUGAUAAACAAUUUAACGUUUUUGUUGUAUUACAAUUAACAAAAGAAGUGAAUCAAGUUCACAAUUAAUUCAUCAAUUGAUUAACUAAGUGUCAUUUGAUGAUCGUCGCUGUUUACCAACCAAAUGAGUGACAAUUAAUUUAGCGGUUAAUCAUGUCGACCGUUUGUCUCUGUGAAAUGUUUCACUUUUCCCAGUUCUUCCAUUGACCAAAUUACAAUUACCAUGAAUCUCAAUCUACUCGUUUAUCUGAUAUUGUCAAUCUAUGUACACAAAGUUUCAUCGCUAUAUCCAUCUGAUCGCUGGCUCUUUCCAAUUAAUCCACGUGAAACACCAGAAAAUGUUCUGACUGAUUCGAUUGUUAAUCAACCGGGAGGUGAAGCACUUUCAUCUUCAUCUUCUUCUUCAGGAUCAUUACCACCAACUGAUUACAUUCGUAAUAGCGAACUUGUCCGAUUUGUUGAUUAUUCGUCAAUUCUUGGGUCACCAUUAGCUUCACUUUCAUCACCUUUGAUUAGUGUUGAAUCUUCAGCAAUUAAAAGAGAUGAAUCUCGAAAUGGAUCAACUUAUUCAAUCGGAAAAUCAAUUAUCUGUAAUGAAGAUUCAGUCGAAUCUUUGUUCUCUAUCGUCUCUUUAACUCGUCAUCAUGAUAAUGAGAAAUCCAAAGAAACAGCUCGACAUCGGAUUAUGGGACAUUUUUGGAAAUAUGGAUUAGAAACAUUCGCUCAAAGGUUUACAACUAGAUUAGGAUUAAAUGGAGUUAAUUUAAUCGGUGUUUGGCCGAGUAAAAACCGUAAUAAAACGGAUGAUUCGAUAAUUCUAGUGGGAGGUCAUUAUGAUACUGUCAAGGGAACUUAUGGAAUCGAUGACAAUGGUUCUGGAAUCGUGGCCUUAUUAGAACUUGUUCGGCUUGUCGGUCAAUCUAAGCCCUCACUCGAUCACUCGAUAUUCUUUGUCGCCUUUGACUUUGAAGAAGCGGGUCUUUGGGGAAGUAAAGCUUUUGUAUCUGAAUACUUCAUUCCCGAUGAACUAAUCGGGAAACGGGCCAAUUUCUUAGGCGCUUAUAUAACUGAUAUGAUAUUGACAUGGGAUCCAACUGAAGGAAGUCAAGAUCUCAGCGAAGAUUUUAUUAAGGAAACACCGGAAGCGGCUGCAAAAGUGAAAAAGAAUAAAAAUCGUGGUGACUUUGCAUCCAUUUGGAUGCGACGUGGUUACGAUAAGUCAAUUUGGGAACCGUUAGAGAAAUCGUGGAAUCGAAUUGCUAAUGCGACGAAUACAGGAUCCAAGUACAAGAUAAUCGCAUUCGAUGCUGAUCUGCCCGAUAAAAUGUACACAAGAAAAAAAGAUAUUCGUGAUUCGGCUCAAACGUUUUUACGAUCUGAUCAUUCGUCUUUUUGGUACCAUGGAAAUCGAAAAGUUCGUCCAUUAAAUGCUCUUCUAAUCACUGACCUCGGUCCUUGGAGAGGGUAUCAAAGAUCAUGUUAUCAUAAAGCCUGUGAUAAUCUGAAUCAAUUAUCUCGAGAUAAAUUAGGUUUCGUUGUACAAAUUAUAUUAACACUUCACGACAUAAUUACGAACAAUCCGCCGACGAUUUCGAUCAAUAAUAAACGACGAGAGUCCUCACCUAUUCCUGAUUACCCGUUGCCUCGAAAACCGACAUCGUUGAACUGGCCAGUAAAUCGACGAACGCCCUUCAUGGGAUUUGACGGGAUUUACAAUAAUCGAGGAUUUCCCGACGUUGGCCUGAAUAACAACUGGUUACCUGGAGCUUCUGAUCAUCGGUUCAUUUCAACAGAUCCCAGGUUAUCAAAUUGGAAUGGAAAUAAAUUUUUUAAAUCAUGGCCGACAAUUAGGCCUUCGUCGACAUCAUCAUCAACUCCCGCAUCACAAUCAUCUUCAUCUUCAUCAUCUUUACCUGCUUAUGAUAUUAGUGAAUUCAAUUCUAGGACAUUUUCCAAUCCAUGGUACACAUUAAUCAAUAGACGAUCUAAAUAAACAUCAAUUCAAACGAAUCAUAAUAAGUUUAAAUCUAAAUUACAACUCGAUGAAAUUUAACAUUCCAUUCAGGUAUUUAUUUUAUAUUCACCACUAAAUGAUACAAUUAGAGUAAAAGAUUAACAAUUAAGAAUAAAUUUUAAUAAAAAAUCAA